UUCGUGGACGCCAAGGUUUGGAAUUUCCUUGCCACGAGAACUCUGACAUUUCAUUUCUCCCCCACUUUUUUUUUUUAUCUAUCUGAGAUAUGCCCUGGAUUGCUGCUUCAAGGAUAAAACCAAGCUGCUUUGGUGAUGAAUCUUCCUGAACAGUAAACAUUGUCUGCUGAUGGAAUCCUCUGAGCCUCUCUCGGUGGAGAGCUUCUCAUACCGUUGGCUAGUGAAUUUGAAGCCAGCCCAUGAGAGCUUCGAUGGGUCAUCAGUCAGGACUUCACUUGACGCAUCGGACGAAGCCUCCUUCAUUGAGAUGGAUCCCAGGAUGCCACCUUCCAGGAGAUUCUCCCGGAAUAGAGGCAAUUCUGCUUCUCAGGAUUUCAAAUUUGACUUCCCGGGAGUGUCGCCAUCUUCUCCGGCUCUUGUUCAUGCGGAUGAGCUCUUCUGUGAUGGCUACGUCUUGCCCCUAUUUCUUGACCCUUCAAAGAUGAAGGCAUACGAGACGUCCAAUUCGACUCCUUCUCGGCCUGGCUCGCUGAAACUCAUGAGUAGUAAAUCGUGUUCACCUCCCUCCUCGAAGACUAGGUGCGGGAAAUUAUCAAAGAGGAUGUUUGGGAAGUACAUGGACUUUCUGAGGCCGUUGUACAGGAUUUUCCGAGCCGGAAGGUCGAGUUUCCGGGCGGAAUAUGGAGAUGCAAGAGGUCCUGGAAUGAGGAACUGGGUUUAUCCUGAAGAGGCUUCUUCUCCUACAAUAAGCGAAGCGUACUCCGCCAACGAUUGUCGCAGGUCAUUCGAUUCGGAGAGCUCGAUUUACGAGGCAGUUCUCCAUUGCAAAAGAUCUUUCGAUACGAAGACGAGACAGUGACUCCGGAGGACAAAAAAAAGCGUGAAAGAAGAGAAGAUGAGUCACGAGAACAAGAGCAAGCCCAGAUACAAAAAAAACGUAAAGACAAAUAUAAGAAAGAGAGGUGUCAAAGAUCAUAUCAAUGGAGCAACCUUUUCUUCUUGUCACAUUUGUCUCUGCUUUUCCAUAUGUGAUGAUCAUGUACAGAAAUUGUCUGGUCGGCCAUGGAUAUAUCUCUCCCACACUGUGAGGAAAGAAAUGGAAUCUGUGUAUAUCUUUUUACUUUCUUUGUCAUUCUGAGAUUGGGACAGAAUGUUUUUGCAACUGGUAAAAAAUCUCUCCUUUUUC